AUGAAUAAAGGGGUAAUAGUAGGAACUGUAGUCUUGGGUGGUGGUGGACAUACGCAAGAAAUGCUUGAAGUGCUUAAAGUAGCGCCAUUUGAGCUGGAACGUUUGAAUGUGAUUGUUUCGGCCGGAGAUACGCAAUCAGUGGCCAAACUUAAUCGGGCAGGAAUUAGUAAGCAAAUAGUAGUUUAUGAAAUACCUCGACCAAAUGAAGUCCUACAAGGUUACUCAGUUGUUCGCAUAAUUAAGUCAUUGUUUGUUUCAUUUCGGGUAGUACUGGGUAUAUCCGGUGAGUUUUUGCUUUGUAAUGGCCCGGGUCUUUGCGUACCAGUCUGUUGGUUGCACCGCCUGAUGAAGCCACGUACGCCAAUCUGGUACAUUGAGAGUUUAACCCGACUUAAAACAUUAUCUUUGACCGGUAAAUUAGUCCAAUGGAUUAGUAGUGUAUUUAUUGUUCAGAGCUUACAGCUAGCCCGAUCGCAGUGGCCCAGACGAGUCUACCACCCAGUAUUUAAGAUGGAUAAAUCAACAUAG